AUGGAUUUCCUCACAGCCUCCGACCUCACUCAUAAGAAUGGCCAAGUCACGCAUUACUAUGAAGGUGGCUCUAAAUCUGGCACUCCCCUCAUUUUCAUUCAUGGCUGGCCUGAUAUCGCGGAAUCAUGGCACCACCAACUCAAGCAUUUCUCUGCGUCCGGAAAAUACCACGUCAUUGCCCUCGACAUGCGGGGCUAUGGUGGGUCUACUGCGCCGAAGGAUAAGCGUGCAUAUUCCUUAGAAACAUUAACUGAUGAGCUUGUCGAAUUCGCUGCUGCACUAGGGAUAAGGAAGGCAGUAUGGAUCGGCCACGAUUGGGGAUCCGUAGUCACAAGCGCCCUCGCAGCUCACCACCCCUCACUAUUCCUCGCCCUCGCGGUCCUAGCCGUGCCAUACCACACUAUCCAAUUAGGCCUCAACCACCUCAUCACCCUCGUAAACCGAGACAUCUAUCCCGAAGCUGAGUACCCUAUAGGCCCAUGGGAAUACAUGCGGUACUACGAACUGCAUUCUGAGGAAAGCGCUAAGUGCUUCGACGACAACACGGAGCGCUUCUCGAAAGUUAUAUACAUGCGCCACGACCCCGCGCAAUGGGGCAAGCCAGCGCCGACGAGCCGCGCCUUAAGAGACGGAGGCUGGCUUAGUGACCAUCCUGAACGGGUUCCCGAUGUGCCACUCGAAGAUACUGUGCUUUCGCCCUCGUUGCACGCGAACCUAGUCGCAUCGCAUAAGAAGCAUGGCUGGUUUCCGUCGUUCGCGUACUAUUUAAACCACGAUGUGAACGAGGUGUUCGCUAGGAAGGAGAAGAAUGGUGGCGUCUUGGAGUUUCCAGUCUUGUUCAUCGAUGCUAAGCACGACCCUGUGUGCAGCCCGAGCACGACGCCGAAGAUGGGCGAGGAGCAGAUGGAGAAGUGUAAGGAUCUUAAGGUGGUCACGAUUGAGGCUACGCAUUGGCCUAUGCUGGAGAACCCUGAGGAAACGAAUAGAGAGAUUGAGAUGUGGUUGGGGGAGAAGGGUCUUUAG